AUGUCCUGCCCGCGGGGGAAGGGCCGGGGGCGGCCGGGGCCCGGCGGCGGCGGCUGCUCGGAGCCACGCGUCGUCCUGCAGCUCGCGGUCACCGACGGCACCGGCAAAGAAGAUGACAACAUUCCUAAAACAUACAGGAACACUCUUGUACAACUAGGACUCAACAGUAUGAAAUCUGCCAAUAUAUGCAUAGGUCGACCAGUCUUGCUUACCAGUGAAGAUGGAAAACAAGAGGUCUGUACUGCUUGGCCCAUUGCAGGCUUCUCAGGAGGAAAAAUUGGCUUGAGUGGAAUCACUCAGAAGAAUUUGGUCGUGAAACCUGGUGAUGUAGUCACUGUCCAGCCUGUGGUCGGUGCAGUGGUACAGGCAGAAGAAAUCUACGUUAAGCUGAGUGCUGUUUGUAGAAUGGGCAAGGAUUGUAAAAGAAACUUUUUUCACAGAGACAAAGACACCUGUGUUAAUGCUGAAGAACUGUCUGCCUGUCUUUUGAUAAAUCUAGAUGGGAAGAUAGUAUUGCCAGGCAACCUCUUGCCCCUCACUUUCUAUGGUAGACCUUGCAGCCUGGUGGUGAUGAAGGUGAAAGGAACAGAUGGGGCCCUGUUGGAAAUGCAGGGCAGUAAUGCUUUCAACAAAGCACAAGAGACAACCCUUGAGAAGUCUGACUUGGAAACCAGUGCACUAAAUUUAUCCUUACAGCUCAGCAACUUGGACAUAGAAGACAAGCUAGAAGAUGCACUUACCAGUACGCCAUGCAGAUCAACAGAUCAGUGUUCAUCAGUUGCAUCCAGUGAUACUAUAAUAGGGGCUGAGCAGGUUUGUGCUCAGGUCAAUGAGCUAUAUGAUGAGCAGAAUGUCAGAAGCCUCAUUGAUGGUUCUGAAUCAGCUGGAGAAGUCCAUGAGAGAAUGCUGCUGCAUGGCAAAAAAGGAGCAAAAUGCAAUUCUGAUACAUUUUACUUCAUUUCUUCAAGAACAAAGGUCAAUUUUAUUGAGACUUGGCCCACUGUGACAGAACAGGAUUGUAAAUCCAGAGUUACCUAUGAUAUGAUAGGUGGUUUAAGCAGCCAGUUAAAAACUAUUCGAGAGACAAUAGAAUUGCCUUUGAAGCAAGCUGAACUGUUCAAGAGUUAUGGAAUUCCUCCUCCUAGAGGAGUACUAUUGUAUGGCCCUCCAGGUACUGGGAAGACCAUGAUUGCCAGAGCUGUUGCAAAUGAAGUUGGAGCUCAUGUUUCCAUUAUUAAUGGUCCUGAAAUAUUAAGCAAGUUUUAUGGUGAGACUGAAGCAAGAUUGCGACAGAUAUUUGCUGAAGCUUCUCAGUGCUGCCCCUCAAUUAUAUUUAUAGAUGAACUGGAUGCACUCUGUCCAAAGAGAGAAGGAGCUCAGAAUGAAGUUGAAAAGAGAGUUGUAGCUUCAUUGCUAACACUGAUGGAUGGCAUUGGCUCAGAGGGUAGUGAAGGUCAGCUCUUGGUGUUAGGUGCCACAAACCGUCCUCAUGCACUGGAUCCCGCAUUACGGAGACCUGGGCGUUUUGAUAAAGAGAUAGAAAUUGGAGUUCCAAAUGCACAGGACCGACUAGACAUACUGAGCAAGCUUCUUCAUCAGGUUCCUCAUCUGCUGACUGGAACAGAGUUGGUGCAGCUGGCUGACAGUGCCCAUGGAUAUGUGGGAGCAGACUUGGCAGCAUUAUGCAAGGAAGCUGGUUUAUAUGCGUUGCGGAGAGCACUGGGAAAACAGACUAACCUAUUAGACAGUGAGGUGGCUGGGUCAGUGAUGAUUACUUUCAAUGACUUCCUGCAGGGGAUGAAUGAUGUUAGGCCCAGCGCCAUGAGGGAGGUGGCUAUCGAUGUACCAAAAGUAUCUUGGUCAGACAUUGGGGGACUAGAUAACGUCAAACUGAAAUUGAAACAGGCAGUAGAGUGGCCAUUUAAGCAUCCUGAGUCCUUCAUCCGGAUGGGAAUUCAGCCACCAAAAGGAGUACUGCUUUAUGGACCUCCUGGAUGCUCAAAGACAAUGAUAGCUAAAGCUUUGGCCAAUGAAAGUGGGCUCAACUUCUUGGCAGUCAAGGGACCUGAACUGAUGAAUAAAUAUGUUGGUGAAUCUGAGCGAGCAGUGAGAGAGAUCUUCAGGAAAGCCAGAGCUGUGGCUCCCUCUAUUCUUUUCUUUGAUGAAAUAGAUGCCUUGGCAGUUGAAAGAGGGAGCUCUUCAGGUGCUGGGAAUGUAGCAGACCGUGUCUUGGCUCAGUUGUUAACGGAAAUAGAUGGGAUAGAACAGCUAAAGGACGUGACAAUUUUGGCAGCUACAAACCGACCGGAUAUGAUAGACAAGAAGUCUGGUGUGCCAUCAAGAAACCAAGAACAACAAGGCUACUGAACCAGAUGACAUACCUGCUGAAAUCUACUAGGCUGGCAGCAAGGAACUAGUACAGAGGCUCCAUGAAUUUAUUCUUCAAAUUUGGGACAACCAAGAGAUCCCUUGGAACCAACACCAUAACUAUCUUCAAGAAAGGAGAUAAGUCUGUGUGAGAGAACUGUCAAGGUAUUGUUUUUCUUUCCACAACAGAGAAAAUCCUUGUGCACAUCCUCUUGAACCACCGUCUUCCCCUUGCUGAGAAAAUCCUGCCGGCAUCUCAGUGUAAUUUCAGUUCAUCCCAUUGGGCAGUUGACAUGAACCUCAUUGCCCAUCAAGGAACCUUGUGGAAAAUACUGGCCAGAUUGGGAUGACCUGAAAAGUACAUCAAAGUCUUGAGGCUUCUUCACAACCAGGUGGCUGCGACUGUUCUUUGUAGCAGACCCCAGAUGGAUUAAUCUAAACUGGGAUCAAGCACGGAUGUGUCAGCAUGCCAAUUUUGUUCUCUAUUUUAUUUACCAUCAUCCUGGUUCUCAUUAAGGACCACCUCCCUUCCAGAAUGUACAAUGGAUGGAGGGCUCAUCAAUCUGGGUCAUUUUCCUCAAAGACCAAAGUACUCAAAACAACCAUCCUUAACCAUCAAUAUGUUGACAACUGCACCAUCCUGAUGCACACUGAAGAAAACCUCUAGACAGUGCUAGACCUUUUCAGUGAGGCCUGCAGAACUUUGAGCCUCUUUCUCAACAUUGAGAAGACUGAAGUGCUCUGUCAGCCUGCCCCAAGCUGUGAAUUUGACCCCCUCCAAAUUAUCAUCAAGGGAAAGACCCUGGAGGUAGUUGAGCACUUCUCUUACCUUAGUAGCCACCUCUCAGACUGAAUGUUGAGAUCUAGUACACGUUCAAUGUAUUUUUUUUUAUUGAUUACAAUCUCUGGAAAGAAGAUCUAGGUUUACAAUGCAGUGCACCCCCACUCUCCUUUAGAGAUGUAAAAUCUGGGUGACCUACCGUCAUCAUCUCAAGAGUCUAGAGAGUUAUCACCAAGGAUCCUGGCUUUCUCUGUUUAAAAAUCCAAAAUUAUCUGAUAAUAAUUUGUUGUCCCCCCUCCCCCCAAUAGCGCCCCCCAAUUCUCUCACUAAAAAUGCCCCAAACUGCUUUUUUCAGUGAUUAAUAUAGGUAUCAGUUGAACACAAUUUUUUAUUAAUAUAUUUACAAUUUUAAAGCAAUUUGAAAGCCUACCAAUGCCUCAAUGAUUAUAAUAAAAGAAAGUGUAAAUACCUA